AUGUGUAAAUCAUGCAGAGACCAACAUCUAAAGAUUCCAGAAAACAAAAACCAUGAAGUGGUCAUUUAUCAACAACGAAGACGACAACCUCCUGUGAAGAAAUGUAAGAUCCACCCCACUAAAGAUAUAGAUAUUUUAUGUGAAGAAUGUAACAUUCCUAUAUGUUCCAAGUGUUCAACAAUGCAAGCACACUGGGGACAUCAUUUUAUUGAUUUAGAAACUAUCUACACAGAGAAAUUUGCUCUAUGUCAAAAGGAACUAUCUAAAAUCCAUAAUUACUUUGUUCCUACAUCACAGGAUUUACAGAGAGAAGUUCGGGAAGAUGCCACAGAAGUUGAACAGAUCAUGGACAGCAUACGGACAUCCAUGAAGGCUGAAGCCGAGUCCCUCAAAAACAUGGUGGACACAGUGCUCUCAGAAAAUAUGGAAGAAUUAAACCAAAUAGAGAAAUCAUUACUGAAGAAAUUAAGUAGCCAAGAGAAGACAUUUGAUGAUUAUAUUGCCUAUCUCAGUGACCUUGUUAAAGAGUUCCAGAGUUACCUGUCCUCUACUGAGCUCACUAACUUCAAAACUCAACUUCAAGACAACUUAAGAAUAAAAUCCAUACCAGAAACUACCAAACCGGUCACACCAGAAUUUUCUUCUGCUCAAUACAACAAAAAUGAUGUUGCUAAAUUAUUAGGGAAAGUAAUUAAAACAGAAAGAAAGGCAGAACUAAGAAGAGUAAAGCCAAUGGAAAUUACUCCUAUUGCUACAUCAAGGAAAUCUACAAGUGAACAGACAAAACAAGAUAAACAUGUGAAAAAUCCUACAAGAACAAACAAUGUCUCUAUCUGCCUCUGUCACCAAGGCUCAGGGAGUUCUAUGUACCAGGUGUUGAUCGUGUAUUCCAUGUAUCACGAGAUCAAUCAGACAGACUCUGGAUCAGUGACUAUGAUGGUAAUCUUGUCCAAACAGAUCUACAGGGGAAUGUGA